AUGGGUGUGAACAUAUCACGGUCACUGGGUAAAUUUGUCCUAAAUCCUAUUCCAACAACAAGUGACACAAUCAGUCGGAGAAAACAUGUGAAGUGUAAAGCUAACGACAAUAUACAACAAUCCGAUAUAAAUAAAAAUCAAUUAGAAUUACAUAGUUUAGUGAAUGAAGACAACCAUAAUCAUAAUGAUGUUGAUGAUGAGAAAUAA